AUGGGCAAGUCCAAGACGUCGGGCAAGGGGCGGCUCGACAAGUUCUACUACCUGGCCAAGGAGCAGGGCUACCGGUCGCGCGCGGCGUUCAAGCUGGUGCAGCUGAACCGCAAGUACCAGUUCCUCGAGAACUCGCGCUCGCUGCUCGACCUCUGCGCCGCGCCGGGCGGAUGGCUGCAGGUGGCGGCGAAGUACAUGCCAGUGGGCAGCGUGAUCGUGGGCGUGGACCUGGUGCCCAUCCGCGCCGUGCCGGGCUGCAUCACGCUCACGCACGACAUCACCACGCCCAAGUGCCGCGCCCACCUCAAACAAGUCCUCAAGGGCGGGCUGCUGGACGUGGUGGUGCACGACGGCUCGCCCAACGUGGGCGGCGCGUGGCUGAGCGAGGCGCUGGGGCAGGCGGCGCUCUCGCUGCAGGCGCUGCGACUCGCCGUUGAGUUCCUCAAACCAGGCGGCACCUUCAUCUCCAAGGUGUUCCGCUCGCAGGACUACAACGCGCUGCUCUUCGCCCUCAAGCAGCUGUUUGGGCGAGUGGAGGCGACGAAGCCGGUGGCAUCGAGAGCAACGUCGGCGGAGAUCUACGUGGUGUGCCACGCCUUCAAGGCGCCCUCCCGCAUCGACCCGCGCCUGCUCGACGCCAAACACCUCUUUGAGACCGUGCCUGAGCCGCCCAAGGCGGUGGACGUGCUGGCGGAGCCCAAGAGCAAGCGAAGCAGAGACGGGUACGAGGAGGGGCAGAGUGUGGUGCACAAGCGCGCAUCACUGGCGGACUUCCUCACCACCGACAAUGCCGUCGCCUUUCUGGGAACCUUCCACGAGAUCACCUUUGACUUGCCGUUCGCCCAGCCCGUCAUGGACCACCCACUCACCACACCCGAGAGCAAGGCGCGCACAGCGACGGGCAUGAAGGUGGACGCGCUGGGUGACACGGACAUUGCCGCGGACGACGAGCUCUUCGCCCUCGCCGCCAUCAAGCGCAAGCAGCUGAGCGGCGUGGAUGACACGGAGGCACCGGAUGCAGAGGAGAUGGCGGCCAUGGAGAGGGAGGAGAGCGAUGAGGAGGAGGAGGACGUGGAGGAGGGGAGUGACGAUGAUGACAGCGAUGCAGAGAAGAGGAGGUACGACGCGGAGUUGGAGGCGUACUUUGAGACGGCGUACGAGCACUACUGCAAGGCCACCGCCAGCAGCAAGCGCCGCACGGCCCGCGCCCGCCUCAUGGCGCUGGAGGGGCAGGAGGAGGACGGCCAGGAGGACGCCGGGGCGCAGGGCGAGGAGGGUGGGGAGGAGGAGGCGGCGGUGGUGCACAUUGGGGAGGAGGGCGAGGAGGAGGAGAACCCCCUGCUGGUGCGGCUGGGCGAGAGCAGUGCGAGCGAGCGCGUGCAGGCGCAGUGGUUCACCCAGGACCUCUUUGAGGGGCUCGACCUUGAGGGGGAGGCGGUGGAGGAGCCGCAAGAUGGGACGAAGGCGAGCGGUGCAGGCGGUGGGGCGAAGACGGGUGGUGCAGUGCCGCUCACGGCUGGGAGGAAGGGAGGUGAAGGGCCUGCGAAAGGAGGGAAGGAGGAGAAGCAGCGAGGAGAGAAGAAAGCGAGGAAGGCUAGUGAAAGGGUGGCGGAGAGGGAGGAGGGGAAAGAAGAGGGGGAAGUGGAGGGCGAGGAAGGGGAGGUGGCAUAUGUUGAUGAUGGGAGAGUAAUGUGCGUGGCAGGUGAUGGGGGGGAUGGAGAGGCAGCAAGGAAGAGCAAACUUGGCAAGGUGAAGGAUGCUCACACUGAGACGGCUGUGCCCCGUGCCACAGCGGCGGGAGGGGAGGAAGACGGCGAGAAAGGCACGGUCAAGAGGGAACGGGCGGGGAAGCAGGAGGAGGAGGAGGCGGGGUUUGAGGUGGUGCCGGAGGAGAGGCUGAGUGGCAGCGAGGGGGACAGCUCUGAUGACAGCUCUGACAGCGACAGCGGCAGUGACAGCGACAGUGACAGCCGUGGUGGUGCACAUGGCGGGCACAGGGGAGGCAGGCAUGCACGCACGGGGGGUGGGGGCGCAGCAGGGGGGCAUGGAGGGGGGGCGAUGGGGGAGGAGGAGGAGGAGUGGGACAGCGACAGCAAGGCGGAGACGCUGGCGUAUGCUCGGCGCAUGCUGAGGAAGCGAGAGCGCGACGAGCUGGUGGACGACGCGUACAACCGGUACAUGUUUGACGACGACGCCCACGCGCUGCCCAAGUGGUUUGCGGACGACGAGCGGCGGCACAUGGUGGCGCUGAAGCCCAUCAGCAAGGACGAGGUGCUGGAGCUCAAGGCGCAGUUCCGCGCCAUCAACGCCCGCCCCACCAACAAGGUGGCGGAGGCGAAGGGCAGGAAGCGGCGGCGGCUAAUGAAGCAGCUGGAGGCGGCGCGGCAGAAGGCAACGGCCAUCUCGGAGCAGGCAGACCUGACGGAGCGCGCCAAGGGGCGCCUCAUGCAGCGCGCCUACAGCAAGGUGGCCUCGGAGCGGCCGGCCAAGAAGAUCGUGGUGGUGGCGAAGAAGGGGCAGCAGGGCAACCGCGGGCGUGGGGUGAAGAACAGUAUCAUGGUGGACCGGCGCAUGAAGAAGGACCUGCGUGCUGAGAAGGCCAAUGCGAGGAAGGGCAAGGGCAGGAAGGUCUCGGUCAUGGCUGCUCUGAGCUCCGUUGCACUUAGCAAUGUCGUUCCUUCCGCGGGAAGCUGCGUCGCGCAGAUCUUCCCAGCAGUGAAGGGCGCCUCCAAUUUCUCAGGUUCUUCUUUCGUUGGCGGGAAUAUCAAUCUAAAGGCUGUCACGAAGCGGCAGUCUCCAGCGUUCGUUACUAGCCGACCUAACCAUGUUGUCGCCAAGGUUUCCGUUGGGGACGAGGCCCCGCCUCUGAGUCUGACCGACCAGAAUGGUCGCGUGUUCGACUUGGCCAAACUCAAAGGGAGAAAGAGCGUGGUUCUUUAUUUCUAUCCCGCCGAUGACACUCCUGGGUGCACCAAGCAGGCAUGCUCGUUCCGUGACUCCUUUGAGGAAUUCCGGAAAUUAGGUGCUGAAGUUGUCGGAAUCAGCGGCGAUUCGCCCGAGUCUCACAAGUUGUUCGCCGAGAAGUACAGCCUACCCUUCACUCUUUUGUAUGACGAGGGCAACGCUGUGCGCAAGGAGUGGGGCGUCCCUAGUGAUUUGUUUGGGGUCCUUCCUGGCCGUCAAACCUAUGUGAUUGACAAGAAGGGCGUCGUGCAGCUCAUAUUUAAUAACCAGUUUCAACCAGAGAAGCACAUCGAUGAGACCAUUGCAGUGUUGGAGGCCCAAUACGAGGAGCCUAAGCCGUUCUUCCAGUUUCCCAAGCUUUUCUAA